GGGCGACAGGCAUCGGUCCCCCAGGAGGGGCGACAGGCAUCGGGCCCCCAGGAGGAGCGACAGGCAUCGGGUUAUCAGGCACGACAACGGGCAUCGGGUCACCAGGCAUCAAAAAUUUGGCUCGCCAGCGGGCACCGCGUCAUCUGGCAAGGCAGUGGGCACCGAGUCACCAGGCACGACAGUGGGUUCCGAGUCAACUGGCAUGACCACGGGCACUGGGUCAGACAUUGGAUUGUCUGGCUCGACAGCGGGCAACGGGUCACCAGGUACGACAGCGGGUACUGGGUCACCAGGCAUCAGGUCAUUUGGCUCGCCAGCGGGCACUGCGUCAUCUGGCAAGGCAGUGGGCACCGAGUCACCAGGCACGACAGUGGGCUCCGAGUCAACUGGCAUGACCGCGGGCACUGGGUCACCAGGCAUGACAGCGGGCACUGGGUCAUCAGGCAUUGGAUCGUCUUGCUUGACAGCGGGCAUCGGGUCAACUGGCCUAAUGGAAUCAUCAGGCUG